CAUUUAUUGGAUAGCAUGGACUUCGGAAAAUAUGUCCACCGGCCUCUAAGAUGGCGUUUGUGCUACAGACUGACGCCCAAAAGCCUUCUGUUUCUUGUUUUUCUCAAUCAUAUUGCCAGUGGUCAAAUACGUUAUUCAAUCCCAGAAGAAAUGAAGAAGGGAUCCCUCAUUGGUAAUGUCCCAUUGGACCUUGGAAUUGAUAUGCAGAGGCUCCGUUUUGGUCGGGCCCGUAUCGUCACCGGAGAAAGCAUCCAGUACACCGAGCUGAAGACAGACAAAGGGACUUUGGUUGUCAAUGAGAGAAUAGACCGAGAGCAGCUUUGUAAGGACGUAACGCCGUGUAGCUUCAGCUUUGAUUUGAUUUUAGAAAACCCUAUGGAACUACACCACGUUACAGUCGAAGUAUUAGAUAUUAAUGAUAAUUCACCUUCUUUUCAUCAGCACGACAUGCAAUUGACGAUUGGAGAAUCAGCAGCACCGGGAGCACGUUUUGUUUUGCCAACAGCCAAUGAUCCUGAUGUAGGAGUCAACGGGCUUCAGGACUACAAUUUAUCUCCAAAUGAAAAUUUUAUUUUAAAAAAGCAUUCAAAUUCUGACGGGAAAAAACAUGCGGAGAUUGUACUUGAGAAACCGUUGGAUAGAGAGCGAUAUCCCAGUCUGUCCCUAAAGCUGAUAGCAGUGGACGGUGGAACGCCACAGAAAUCUGGUAUAGUAAAUAUAGUUAUCACUGUCCUAGAUGUUAACGAUAAUUCUCCUGUUUUCAAUCAGUCAGUCUACAAGGCCACUGUUACGGAAAAUGCCGCAAGAGGUACCUAUAUCCUCACUGCUAAUGCAACUGACGCAGAUAGUGGAUCAAAUGGUUUGAUUUAUUAUUCUAUUUCCAAAAUGCAAGGCAGUAUUGACAGUAUCUUCGAAAUUAACAAGACAACGGGUGUGAUAUUUCUUUCAGGGCAGGUUGACUAUGAAAAAGCGAAGAAAUAUGAAAUGCGCAUUGAAGCAACAGACCAAGGAGCUUUAACAGACUCGAGUAAAGUCAUAGUUGAGGUGAUUGACGUGAAUGAUAACCCACCUGUCAUUAAUGUGAUGUCUUUAACUAGUCCUGUGUCAGAGGACUCCCCUCCUGGUACAACUAUUGGCAUUAUAAAUAUAAAAGAUCUUGAUUCGGGUGAAAAUGGACAGGUAGCAUGUAGAAUCGAACAAAAUGCACCUUUCAAGAUUAAAUCCAAUUUAAGAAAUUACUAUACUUUGGUAACAGAUACUGUAUUAGAUCGUGAAAGUGUUUCGGAGUAUAACAUCACUGUAGUUGCGACAGAUUCAGGAAUGCCUCCUCUAUCAACAAAACGAACCUUUCAUUUAAAGGUCUCUGAUGUGAACGAUAAUGCUCCGGUGUUUUCACAAGUUGUUUACAAUGCGUUCAUCACAGAGAAUAACUCGCCAGGAAUUUCUGUUGUCACGCUAAGGGCUAAAGAUCCUGAUGAAAAUCAAAAUGCCCGUAUAUCUUAUUUUCUGGAAAAUGUUAAUAUCGGUGGAUCUCCAGUUUCUGAAUAUGUUUCUAUAAAUGCAGAAAGCGGAGUGAUACACGCAGUGCGUUCAUUUGAUUAUGAGCAAAUCAAACAGCUUCAUCUAGUAGUAAAGGCGCAGGAUGGAGGCUCCCCUCCACUCAGCAGCAAUGCGACUGUGAAAAUAAUGAUCCAGGACCAGAACGACAACCCGCCUCAGGUUCUGUACCCAGUCCAGACUGGUGGCUCUCUGGUGGCUGAAAUGGUGCCUCGUUCAGCAGAUGUGGGCUAUCUGGUCACUAAAGUGGUGGCUGUUGAUGUAGACUCUGGACAGAAUGCCUGGCUCUCCUAUAAACUGCAGAAAGCCGCAGACAGGGCGCUGUUUGAAGUGGGCUUACAGAAUGGAGAAAUAAGAACUGUCCGCCAAGUCACUGAUAAAGAUGCUGUGAAACAAAGACUGACUGUUAUAGUGGAGGACAACGGGCAGCCCUCUCGUUCAGCUACAGUCAUUGUUAACGUGGCGGUGGCGGACAGCUUCCCUGAAGUGCUGUCGGAGUUCACUGACUUUACACACGACAAGGAGUACAACGACAACCUGACUUUUUACUUAGUGUUGGCUCUGGCUGUAGUUUCCUUCCUCUUCAUCACGUGUUUAGUGGUUAUUAUAUCAGUGAAAAUCUACAGAUGGAGACAGUCUCGUAUCCUGUAUCACUCCAGUCUCCCUGUGAUUCCGUAUUAUCCACCACGUUACUCGGACACUUUGGGGACAGGGACUCUCCAACACGUGUACAAUUACGAGGUGUGCAGGACGACUGACUCCAGAAAGAGUGACAGUAAGUUCGGCAGAGCUGGUAGUCAGAACGUGCUGAUAAUGGACCCCAGUUCUACAGGGACGAUGCAGCAGAUACAGAGUGAAAAGAGCAUCCUGGAUGAGCCAGACUCUCCUCUAGAGGUGCAACAUUAUAGAUGUUCUUGUACAGCGUGAGUAAUCUCCAUUGUU